AAAGAAGCAUAAGCGCGUUUGGUGGGACAAAAUAAGUCGGGUCGAAUCCGGAUCCUUGAUCAUUUAUAUCCCCCGUUGGCGUAAACCUUGGGUUCCUCCUUCUGUAACUUGAGAGAAAAAUUAGAUUCUUUAGGGUUUCAUCCUUCCUGCGGUAUCAGACAUGGGGGGAGGCAAUGGCCAGAAGUCGAAGAUGGCUCGUGAAAAGAAUCUCGAGAAGCAGAGGGCCGCCGGAAAGGGAAGCCAGCUGGAUUCCAACAAGAAAGCAAUGUCCAUUCAGUGCAAGGUGUGCAUGCAAACAUUUAUGUGCACCACUUCGGAAGUGAAGUGUAGGGAGCACGCUGAAGCCAAACAUCCUAAAUCUGAUGUUUAUGCCUGUUUUCCUCAUUUGAAAAAGUGAACUUAUUGGAGACUGGAAUUGGAGAAAACUUAUAUCAUCAUGGCCUCUUCCUUAAACCUAUUCACCGAGAUCUUCCUCCAUUUUCUCUUUAUAUUAAAUGUCUUUUCUGUGUUUGUGCCUGGAGAAUUAUGUAGGGAGAGCAGGGUGUUUUUAUUGUAAUUUCUCUUCAUGACAGGGCAACAAACUGUGAUGCUUUCACUUUCUGUCUAGCUGUAACUGCUUAAUGUUCGUUCGUGUUAAUAUUAAAGUGUUACAUAAACUUA